UGGGCCGGGCUGCACCUUAGCCCAAAAACGGUACCAAUACUGCAACCAUACUCGCCUUGAACAAGCUCUACUGUAAUAUUUUCACUCCGACAUUUUCUCUCCUGGGCGAGAAAUCGAGAGAAAAUAUGCUGUCCUCGGGUCGCAAGUUUCUAGCUGCCGGCUCCCGGAACCCCGCUCUCCUCGCCGGAAUCCGAGGAUUCUCAGCCACGUCGGAUCCUGCUUCUGUGAGAAAGAGCGUUGCUUCUAUGUUGGAUGCUCUCUCCUUAAAGCCAGGUGCGACUGUAGUGCAGAACUGUGGGGAUAGUGAAAUUGGGAAAGCCGUGAUUCAACUGGCGAAAGAGCGUAAGCUUCAAACCGUAAGCAUUAUUGAUGACAAGCCCGGGACCCCUGAUAUAAUUGAGGAGCUCAAGGCCCUUGGUGGGGAUAUAGUUGUACCUGAGAGCUACACGAAAACAUGGUAUAUGAAGCGUUUGGCUGGUGAGCUAAGCCCUUCUGCAGGUUUGAAUUUCAGUGAUGGGUAUCAAGCAACAGCUGUUUGCAAGGCAGUAACUAGUGGGGGAACAUUUCUCUCAUAUGGAAAGAAAUUGCCCAAGUAUGUUGCCUAUGAAGGGGGAGCUCGUAAACCCGUUGAAUGGAAUGCUUUUCUCAAGGAAAAGAAGCUGAAAGUGUUGAACAUGUAAGAAAUAAGCUUGGAAUAAUUUUUGGAUCAUUGUUCUUAGUAAAAAUUGGCUUCCCAUGUCUUCUCAACACUGAUCAGAAUUUCCCUCAUUGUUGAUCAUUGGUUUUGUUGAUUGUUGCUUUUGUUCCUUGUUGAGAUGGUCAUAAGAGUUGUAUCCAAAAGAAAAGUGUUGGUUACAAGAGAAGCCAAAGUUUGCCUUUAGCAGGGGCAUGGAGGACGAUCUCAUCCUCAGAAUUGCUGACUUUAGCCGACCUGAUUAUGAUCAACAUGUGUUUUGGUGUAGAAAUAAUCACUCUUUUGACAUUAUUCCCUAUCAAUAUUUUGCACAUUGCUUACAAA